AUGGUUUCACGCGCCGAGGUCGCAGAACACCCUCACUCCCGCUCCCUCUCCCAAUCUCGAGGCGCGCCUUCUAUUGCUUCCCGCACCUCACGAUCGAGGCAUCAUCACCACCGAGGUCGCUCACAUUAUGGGGCCUCCUCUCAUGUCCCGCAAAAUGAGUUUCCCUUCUUUUUACAGACCGGGGAUGUCGAGAUAGUCAUUGCAUGCGAUGGUCAAGAGAAGAGAUACCUGCUACACAGUUUUACCUUGGCCCAAUUUUCGGGCUUCUUUCAGGCCAGCACAAGCGAAGAAUGGUCUCGAGGUCAAUGGCAACAAGGUGGGCGCAAUGUGACGUCUGCUUCGCGACCUGGCCGGGCGUUGAGUGAUAUCGGGGAGGAGUCUUCUCAAGUCAGCUCUACUCCUGGACCCUCUAUUUCUGCCCCUCCACCAGCACCGGCACCGGCUCCAAGCCAGCGGCGGAGAUGGAGGUAUGAACUCGACUGGGAGGACCUUGACGAGGACGACGAGCCCAUCCUGGUUCAAAAAACUCCCGAGGGUGGUCUUUUCACCGCAGCAGCAGCACCGCCGCCGCCGCCGCCUUCUCAGCCAGAACGCCCAAGACAUCCACCCAUCCACGCAUCCUUCUUCCGUUCGAUGGCCAACUUGACCCUUUCUCACCACAGCCCGGCUUCUCAAUCCAGCGCUCAACUCGCAGCAGCCCCUCCUGACCCAUGCCUCACGAACCCGCUCCUCAGAGACUAUGACAACCUCUUUCGCAUUUUUUACAAUUACGCUCCGAUUUUAAACUCCUCCAACAUCGCCUCCGCCUAUUCAGAAUGUAGGGCUCUCCUUUCACUUGCAGACAUGUACGACGCUCUUUCCGUGGUUGGACCUCGAAUCGACCACCACCUCUUGCGUUUCUCAUCUCGGCUCUUCAAGCAGAUUGCCAAAUAUCCGCCGUCGUACCUCAAGCUUGGUUACCUCGCAAGAAGUCGAAGCAUCUUCUCUGAAGCACUGACCCACGUAGUAGGCCAAUGGCCAGCCGCCUUGCCGCACAUCAAGCCACCCAAUCACUCUGGCGGAGGAUAUGAAGUGCCUCAAUCAGUGAUUGAUCUGAUCGAAGACAAAGUCGACGAACUUGAGGAGUUGAAGCAGAAGAUCGAAACAAAGUUGUUCAGGUUGACUCUGACCACGACUCGCGGCGAGAGGGUGAACCCGGCAAAUGAUUAUCUUGGCUGGUUGGCCGUUAGUCUCUGGCGCCAAUGGCUGGCAGAGAAUACAACCCCUGAGAUUAGAGGGAUAUUGAAAAACAGUCCAAAUUCGAGACCCGGUAGCGGACAUGCGAAUCCAAACAUACCUCCGAGUCCACAAGGUCGACCACCGCCUCCUCCCUAUCAGCCUCAUGCGCCUGCUCCAUCGGCAAUCAAUACCGGCCGCAUCUUUCGCUUGAUCGGUGCUACCAACCCCGACACAUUUCUCGCGCACGACGAACUAAAACGCUUCCUCAAGCUUCCACCCCCCGGCUCUACUCACUCUCUCUACAGUCGCGAAAAUCUACGACGAUUUGAGCGCAAGAUUGACGAGAUCAAGAACGUCGCUAGAGAUAUUGUGAAGCCAUUGACCAGGAACUGCCUCGAACUGGAUUUGAGGAGUCUGAGUGACGGGGGAGGUGGAGGACUUGGAUACUUGACGUGUAUGAGGUGCGAGGAGGACGAACUGCCCUGGGAGAUUUGA